UCACUCUGUCCGCCCACCACCGCUACUGACUGCAAGAUUCGAAAAGAUGAGUCUGCGAGAUCGUGUUCCACCAUAUCAGCAUGGCGAGGCGCCCAUCCGCCCCCCGGCGGACGAAUCAGACGCCGAAGAGGAGGCCCUCGUGGCCGACUACCGGGAGCAAGUGCAAUAUGAUACCAUGGAGGACUUGGACAGGAUGCCAUCUAUCGCAAGUAACCAGGACAUACACGCGCAGUUACAGGCCGCUGCGACGCCACUGGAGUUCCAGGCUAGCCUCGAGGUGAAAUUUGCGAGCUACGAUAACUACUGCAAUUUGUUCCACUACAUCCUGAACUCAGACGGCCCUGUGGAUCUGGAGGUUCCUAAUUACUUCUGGGCUUGGGAUGUCAUCGACGAAUUCAUCUACCAGUUCAACAGCUUCUGCAGCUAUCGACAAAAAGUAGCACUGAAGGCUGAGAACAGCGAGGAGAUACAACUUCUGCGUGAAAACCCGAACACGUGGGGCUGUUACAGCGUCCUCAACGUUCUCUACUCACUGAUCCAGAGGUCGCAGAUUAGCGAGCAGCUUGAGGCUAUGAAGCGAAUGGAGGACCCAAACGCGUAUGCGGGGGAAUACGGCUCACGGCCCUUGUAUAAAAUGCUGGGAUACUUCUCCAUCAUCGGUCUGCUAAGAGUGCACUGUCUGCUUGGAGACUUCAGCUUGGCACUCAAGACCUUGGACAACAUCGAACUCAACAAGAAAGCUAUGUUCGCCCGUGUCAUGGCCGCCCAUUUCACGACCUACUACUACGUCGGCUUCUCGUACAUGAUGAUGCGACGGUAUGCGGACGCCAUCCGCAUGUUCAGCCACAUCCUGAUUUACGUUUCACGGACGAAGAACUUUCAGAAAAAUGCACAGUAUGACUCGAUCACUAAGAAAAAUGACCAGAUGUAUGCUCUGAUUGCUAUCUGCGUUGCCUUCCAUCCCACGAGGCUGGAUGACACCAUCCACACUGCCCUGCGCGAGAAGUACGGCGAGCAGUUCAACAGGUUGCAGCGAGGUGGACCUGACUCCCUUCCUCUCUUUGAGGAGCUGUUCCGGUCUGCGUGUCCCAAGUUCAUUAACCCUACCCCCCCAGACUUCGACAACCCAGAGGUCAAUAUCGACCCGGUUGAGCACCACCUCCGCAUCUUCAUGGAUGAGGUCAAGACCAACAUGUGGUCACCAACAGUGAAGAGCUAUCUCAAGCUGUAUACGACUAUGGACUUGAAAAAACUUGCUGGUUUCUUGGAGGUAGACCCAGAGAAGCUAAGGUGUUGGCUCCUAGUCAACAAGCAGAGGAGCAGGCAAGUUAGAUGGAGCGAAGGUGGAUUGCUAGAGGGUGAUAUCACUAAUAGCAGCGAUCUCGACUAUGCUAUGGAAGGCGAUCUCAUCCAUGUUUCUGAGGCUAAGGUGGGCAGGAGAUUGGUAGAUUGGUAUCUCCGCAACUUGGCUAGGACAUACUAGAUGGCAAAUCAAGCCGGGAAUAAAUUCUUGAUAUCGAGCGUAGGGCCUCUCAGAGUCACGAUAGAGCAUUUGCGGGUAGGAGUUGGGGCAAGGUUUCUCGGGUGCGUGAAAAGCAUUUGCUUCAGCAGAUUUGACGAUACUAUCCUGUAGUAGAAGGAGAGGUUAUAGCUAGGGAUGUCAUAUUGACGGUGAGAAAACCAGUCAAGAGCCCGAUGCCGCAAGCUUUGAUCGUAUUAGCAUAUGGGGAAUAGCAACAAACCAGAAUCCCAGUUUCG